UGCAGAGUAGAGUGGGGGAAAUUUGAGGGUGAUAUAGUUAGUGUGUAUGAGUGCUUAUCAAGCUCUUCAAGUUGUACUCUUAUGACUGGAUGAUACUGGGUGCCGGAGAGAUGUCUCAGUGGUUAAGAGCACGGUCUGCUCUUCCAAAGGAUCUGGGUUCAAUUCCCAGCACCCACAUGGCAGCUCACAACUGUCUGUAACUCCAGUUCUAAGGGAUCUGACACCCUCACUCCAAUGUACAGAAAUAAAAUUUAAAAAUAACAACUGGAUGAUAUUACUGUAAGUAAAAAUACAUCAGUACCAGCCAGGCUCGGUGGUGCGCACCUGCAACCCAAGCACCCAGAAGCAGGACGAUCUCUGUGAGUUCAAGGCCAGCCUCAUCUACAAAGUCAGCCCACGAUAACCAAGGCUACACAGAGAAAUCCUGACUUGAAAAAAAGAAAAUACAUCAGUAAAAUUUAUUGGCUCAAUACUGUGCCCAAUAACUGAUUUCCUCAUCCUGAUGAUUUUUCUUCUCCCCAACCAUGUCUCAUGCAGCAAGGGAUCCUCUCUACUACAUGAGCUAGAUUCUGCCCUCUAUCAAAGCUUUCUGCUUUUUCACUACUCCUACACUAACUCCUAACCCUAGACUGCGGGACCUUUUUCAGGAUCUGCCUGUCCAUGACUUCAUUGCCACCAUUCUGCUUACUGUGCAGGCUGCCUUUGGGAGUGCCUAACGCAGCUCUCAUCUACCUGGAGACUCACCAUACUCUGACCUCUGGACUUCCUUGCCUUUGCAUUUCGAUGUCCUCACUUGAGCUGUAUAUUUGUUCUUCAACUAAAUAUUCUCUUUUAUCUCUGACCAUGAGGUCUUAGUCUUUCAGCUUUGCUCAUAGCACCCUGUAUUUUUAUUUGUGCCAUUACCAUUCACUUCUCUUAGUAGAUGAGGCUAUACGAGGGUGAAGUCCAUGGCUGUCACGCAUACCUCUGUAACCAUAGCUUCUAGGCCAGUGCCUUGGCACAGAAUGUGCAGAAAGUGCUGGUUGAUUGAAAAUGAAAGUUAUUUUGCUUGGUUUGCUUGUCUGUGGCUGAUGUGAGGGGUUGUCUUGCUAUGUUGUAUUGCCUCAACUUUGAACUUCUGGGCUUAAACAACCCUCUUGCACUAGGCCAGGUCACUUGGACUACAUGCGUGAAGUACCAUACCCAGCUGAGAGUGAAAAAAAUAAUUUUUAAAGCACUGUAUGUAAAACCUACCUUUUAAAUAGGGAGUACUUCUAUCUACUUCUUUAACAAAAACUUUGUAUUUAAAAUGUAUGACAGCUUCCUAACAACAUAGUACACAAGACAGAACUCAGGAAUCUCGGGAAGAAAGUCUACUCCACUCUAAUAAAGUUAGACCAUUUUAAGCCUGUGCCAUUCUUGCCCAUUCAGAAGUCUGGACACGCCUUCCUUCCAAGUUCACGCUUUGCGUUAGAAGACUUCUGUUUGGACUGAAAACUUAGUGAGCUUCUUCCCCAGGAUCGAGGUAUCCUCACAGGUACAUACUGGCCCCACGCAUUUGCUCAGUGUGCUUGAGAUGCAGGUGGUCUGCUCUACACACUUGCACUUGCUUGAAUUUCAGUUAAACAGUUCAGGCUUCAGUGAGGAUUCAGCUAAAGCCUAUCCAUAAUCACUAGCUCUGCAGUCACAGACAGACCAUUCACUUCCCUUCUUCAAAUCCAAUAGGAACUGGCUAAUACAUGUCUCAUGCAUUUCUGAAAACAGACAGUCAAGUGUCCUUCUGCUACCUCUUCUCCCAGCCAUAAGCCUACCUGACAUUGUACAUGAAUGGAUCAUGAAAGAGAGUAGCCUAAGAAACAAGUCACUGUAUAGAAGCAGCCACUGUCUAUAGGAAUGUUGACAUAGCUGUCACUCAAGAGGCUCCAGAUAUGCAACUGAGGAACUUGCUGAAGGCAAACUUAGUGACCUAAGUGAGGAUGGUAGUUGUGACAAAAUACAAAAUAUCCUAGGGGAAAUGAUGCUAGAGAAAGACUUCAUUCACAUUGAAGGAGCUCUCAGGGAUUUUUCCCAAUAUUAAAUCUCUUAGGAGCUAGCUGAGCUCAACUCAGAAGUAGAGCACUUGCUGAGGGGCAGGAAAGUUCUUCAUAGCACACUGCCUGCUGACCCGUGAGGGGAAGACAGCUCUGUCUGCACUCAGCUGUUCUCUGGUUCUUGUUUAGGAGACAAGAUCUAGCUGUUUGGCCCUUGCUGGCCUGGAAUUCACUAUGUAGACUAGGCUGGCUUCAGAUUUUCAGCAACCCUCUUGCCUCUUUCUCUUAAAUGCUUGUGGUAGGGGUACAUACCACCCCGCUUUUGAUCAGUGUUUUACAAGACAGAAAUGUUCAUCGCUGUUUCUAGUGUUUAAAUGCAUGUGUAAGUAUUCAUUUCACUUUUCCUGGUGCAUGUAUAACCUUGAAUUUUUUUUAAUGUUUUGAGGAAAAACAUGCAAAAGUCGUUGGCUAGUUGUAAUUUUCCUACUGAACCAUUCCAGCUUAUUUGUAUCUUACAUGACUGCAAAGUGAAGGUUAUCCACAUUUGAGGGUUUGGUUUGGUUUUUGGUUGUUGACGUGUUCUGUUUUGGUUUGGUUUUGAAACAGCAGCUCAUUGUGUAACUGAAGCUAGCCUUCAAUGCAUGACUUUUCUUACUUGGCCUCCAGAGUGAGCACUGAGAUUGCAGACACAACACAGAAACACUGUGCUUGUCUGGAGUUUUGCUUUUGGAGCUGAGAACAGCUGUUUGAGACCCAUUGAUAGAAACGGGAAACUUCUUUGUCCAGUACCAGACACUAGCACUUUGGAGGAAGCAGAAGUGAAGAUGGGGAGUUCAUUGGGACUGUGUCUAGGCAAAGCACCCACUUCUUCUCAGCUGUUCCUGUUUUUUGCUCUGGGGACUGACAUUUAUCCUGGAGCAGAGAUGGAAGUCAUAGUAGAAGAAACACUCUCAGUGAGAGAUUGUUUAAAGAUAAUGCUGGAGAAGUCAGGUCAGCAAGGAGAGAUGUGGCAUUUACGGAAAAUGGAUUGGUGCUAUGAAGCUGGCGAACCUUUAUGUGAAGAAGAUGCAACAUUGAAAGAGCUCAUGAUAUGUUCUGGGGAUACUUUGCUUUUAACUGAAGGAAGACUUCCUCCUCCGGGUUUCUUGAAGGUGCCCAUCUGGUGGUACCAGCCUACAAGGCUGUCAGGACACUGUGAGAGUCGGGACUAUUCCAACUGUGCCUCUUCUCAAAGUAGCAGCUGGGGAGCUGCUCCCACACAAGGUGUUCCUGGCCCCGAGCCUACAGAAGUUUCUCUCCUCUACUUGGGAGAUGUGGAGAUCUCAGAAGAGGCCACAUUGGUGGAACUGAAGUCACAGGCCAUGGCUUUGCCUUUUGUUUCAAAGCUCGCUAUCCGGUCCACAGCCCUGCUUAGAGUCUGGACAGUGGAGAGCAAGCGCCCCAGCAGGCUCUUGCGCCCCGACUGGCAGCAGCUUAAGGAGUACAGGCUGGGCCAGAGAGCAGAGCUCUGCCUGGAGCUCCUUCAGAAGGAAGAGGACUUGGGCCCCCAGGAUGUGCUGCUGAGGACACGGCUACGCAUCCCUGGCGAGAGGGCCUACACCCUGGCAAUGGACCUGGUAUGGGACACCACCAGAGGAUGGACUGCUAGCUCCUUGAGGCAGAGAGUGGCUGACUUCUAUUGUCUUCCUGUGGAGAAAAUUGAAAUUGCCAAAUAUUUUCCUGAAAAGUUUGAGUGGCUUCCGAUAUCUAGCUGGAAUCAGCAAGUUGCCAAAAGGAAAAAGAAGAAAAAUCAAGAUACUUUGCAAGGGGGACCAUAUUACUUGAAAGAUGGAGACACUAUUGGCAUUAAGAAUCUCCUGUUUGAUGAUGAUGAUGAUUUCAGCACAAUCAGAGAUGACAUCGGGAAAGAAAACCAGAAGCAGCUCGCUCUGGGAAAAAAGAAAAGCCGGGAAGCCCUACGUGUACAGAGCAACAGUGAUGUGUUCUCCAAUGCAGGGAUGUCCACUCAGCCCCGGGGACCAGAAGCUUCUCUGUCCAUCCGUGUCGCGAGCUUCAGAUAGCCCCUGUAGCAGUAUGUACUGUGUUCCACAAAGAACUGUUCUGCCAGUUCUGUGACAGCCACCUUGUGGGUUUAUGGUGAACAAGCUGGUUGCCUCCCUAGCCAGUGAUUUCAAGUCCUCAGCUUUGUGACAAGCAAAGAAAUUACACUUCUAAGGCCAACCAAAUACACCUGACCACCAGCUCUGUGACAUAGCAGUCUCAGAGCAGGCCCAUACUGUGCCAAGCAGAAUAGAUUUUCCAUGCCUGGCCCAGUGGCUUCUUUCCAGUAUACUCCUGGACAGUGACAAAUUGCUCAAAGAGGACAAACCUGACAGGUAAGACACACACUCAGUCAUCUAGUUCUGGCACCUCACUGAAGCCUCAAAGAAAGGGUAUGUGUGUCCUGACUUCAUUCCCAGUCCAGCCCUCACUAUUGCAUGUGCCUCCUCUUGGGCCAAGUUCAAAGUAGGACUUACGACAGCUAUGCAGAAAGGCCCGUUGAAUAGCAACCAUGGCUCAGGCUCACUUGCCCUUGGUGUGUUGUCUACCUGCAGCCUGGCAAGACGCAGGGCCAUCACAGAAGCCUGACACAACUAAUCCAGGCUCCCAGUUGUUCUAGACAAACUGGGAACUUUUCCUUCUCAGUCAGCACAGGUAACUAGCUGAUUUAAGAGAGUCUGUAUUUAUGCACUAUAACUAAUACACUAUCAAAACAGCACCCACUACUGAACUGGUAGGUUUGGGACCCUAGGAGUUGUCAGGGCCUCAGUUUCUCAUCAGCUCUUACAUGUCUUCAUGUAACCAAACUAAAGUGACAGGAGACAGGGAAAAAGUAACUCUGGCUUGGGCUUCAGCUGGCCCCUGCAGGCUAAAUGGUUUUCAUUGUGGCUACACCACAAUGGCUCUUCCUUUGUCUUCCCCAAGACCAUUUGCCUGUGUCAGUGUCCUGUUAGGUGCCCUCUCUGUUGAAGCACUUGUAUGGUAAGAUGUUGGACUAGUGACCUUUAGGCCAUGUCCUUGUAGCUACAAACCAAGGGGUUCUGGAAGACCCAAACAGUAAACAUUACUUGACUACCACUGAGUCCUCUGGGUCCUGGCUACUGUUUCUUGUACUGUCACUGACACAGUUCCUUAGUUUGUCCUUUCACCCCAGCUUCCAGCAGUACAGUACUGAGGUACUAGUUCAGACAUUCUUCUUUGAGGAAGCCACUGGCUCCGCCACCCCCUUAAGUACCUGGAGAAGCCAAAAGACAUGCCUCAGGUGGUGGCUGCAGCCCAAGCCUGUUGACAGGCCUCUGUAUUUGGUUAGCUUUUGUUUUUAAUUGGGGGAUAAAUAGGCUAAAUGGGGGAGGAGGGAGCUAAGAUUUUAUUUAAAAAAAUAAACCAUUUCUAAAGUUGCAGUUCUACUCAGUUCUGCAACUGGCUGCUUUGUGUUCUGCUUGAAGGGAACUUGUAGACACUCAACAAACAUGGCUUGUAUUAGAAACAGUGCUCUGGAAAUAAGUAUAUUUUGACUUAAAAUAAACAGAGACUCCUGGGAAAGUAUAUUGGAAGAAAAUGGCUGUUGCCUAGCUGUUUACUAUUAUGGGGAAUAAGAUCUGGCCAGGGCCAGAGCAGUAGGUACAAAGAAUUUCCUGACCAUCUAAAACUGGUUUCAUAGCUCCCAGCUUCCCUCUACAUCAGAUUUAACUCGGCAGUGGCAGACUCCUCACACUGCCUACAGGAGCAUGAGCUCCCUCUUUAAGUUCAGCAAGCCACACAUCAAUAUGCGAAUGUGACUCUCUGCACUUUGUCAACAAGUAGGAAUGGCAGCUGCAGUGCACCAGUUGAGACUUGUCCACAGCCUGACCUGUUGUUGCUAAAUGACUAACUCAGAGCUAUGCUGGCUGAACUGCCCAUCCAUUGCCCCCCUCCCCCCUAGAAUACCAUGGCUCUUUUUUGCUUCACAGCCCCCAAAAAAGCCCCCUUUUUUGCUUCACAGUUGUUAUCUUCAGAGCAGCUCUCAACUGUCAGCACAGGAAUGAGGAACGUUGACUGUGGAAGAUCAAAAACCGGCUUGUUUUAUUGUACACGAAGAACUUAUUUACAACUCUGAUGCAGACUAUGUACAUAACAAGAGGCAUCUGCUCCAGGUGGUCACUAUAAAUUAAAAUUAUAAAUAUGAGGGGUUAUAUUCGCCCCACCUGCAGGCACAAAACCUUAACUCUUGAUUCCCCAGGGAUCCUUCCUUCUCUCCCUCUCUAGACAGGACUAUGGGCUCCAGGACUCUGAAGAAUUGCUGUGGGGUUGCAGGUAUGGUGCUUGGGACAGGGUGGUGUGAUGGGCAGAAGACAGCUGGAAUGCAGGCCUAUCUAUGGCCACCUGGCAGGUCCCUCCAGCACUCAGACCGGACCUCUUUUUGGUUGAGAACACUGAUCUUAAACACCUCUCAUCCAAAUGGAAAGCUUUCUUUUAAGAGGUCACGGAGGACCUGAGUGUCACCUUCAGUUGCUUUUCCUCCUCUAGUACUUACCAAGUUUCAGCUGGGCUGGUGCAGGCUCUGUGACCUGUCUGAGACUAGAUGAUCCCUGCCUCCACAUUCUAGUCUAAAUUGACUUCUCAGUGGGAAAUAGAACCCCAGAUGACGAGUGACAACUGUUUUCAUUCAGGGUUGCUUUCAUGGAAGCUGCAAGUCCACAGAUGGGGCAGAUUCUCCCAGCCCACAUCUGAUAUGCAGUGGAUGGAACUCUAGGCCUGGGGCACAAAACACAGCAGGACUACAGGGCUGCUCCAGACCCAACCAGAGUCUAAGCUCAGCACUUCCUUCCCAUAUCAGAAAGGGAGGCAUUGGCAGAGUUCAAGCACUGUCCUCUCUGGUAAGGACCACAAUCCAGCAGCCGUCCUCCUGCCAGGGCUGAGCUAUAUCUCUUUCCAGCUAUUACACAAGUCCCUGUGGAGGACUGGCAUCUCUGAAAGUGGGUGAAAGGGUAAGUCAGUGGCUGUGAAUGCCUAGGGCAUCCCCCCCACCCCCAGAAAGUGCCCAUAGGAUGUAGUCUGGGACUUGGUGGCAGAUGCUCCAACAGUGCCACUUCCUUCCUCAGAGCCAGUUCUGCUCAUGAGAUAGUAGCAGGGCAGCAGCAAUGUGAAUUAUUGUCAAGAGUCUCCACAGACAUUUCCUAGGACACAGGCCUCACUGCAGAUGAGAACUCUGGGCCACCUGAGAUGGACCCACGCUGCCCCUGCCAAUUAUUCAUUCUCCCGUACCAUAUGUUGUUUCCAGCACCCAGGAAGUUUGGUCUCCACAGGAGUGCUGAGCUAGUGUAAACUCACAUCUUGUCUGCCCCAGAUUGGACUGCAGCAUCCUGAGAAGACACAUGGGCUGUCCACAUGCUCACAGUCCAGAGGACAAGAGAGGGGAGAACCAAGUAUCCUGAGACCUGGCCAAACCUUCUUCAAGCCUGGAAACACAGCCAUGCCACUUUCAAACCGGGAAAGUGAGCAAGUUGUUUAAAAAAAAAAAAAAAAAACAAACUCAUGAACAAAAGGGGAAGUAGCAGUGAGCGGCCUUUGCGGGGCUGCUGUGAAGAACCACAGAGCGGCUAUCAGGCACAGAGAACAUUCUGGUGAGGACCACUGAGGCUGGAUCCAAAUCUGCUUCUGAGAGCCCACAGAGGCAGAUAUGGUACUGCUCAGUGCAUCCAAUAAAGGACACAGAAAAGGAAUACACAGGACAAUCUGAGCGUGUGGCCCAGGUAAGAAGGGUCUGCAGGGUGCCAGGUGCUGGGAGGUCAGGCUUCAUUUACCACAUUCCAUGUGGCCCACAGGCAGGUCAGCAAGAGCCACAAGUGGGCCUGACACAGUCUGCUCCACGUGACUGCAACCAGGAAAGGUAUUCUCAAAGGUAGCCUUGUUGGUAUGUUCAAGACUCCAAAGCAUUACCAAUGGGCAUCAGGCUUCCUGUCACUAACAAAAGGAAUAGCACCAUGAGAAAGGCCAGGGGCUGAGUGGUAGCAAUGUCCUCCCUGGGCCUCAGUCUCUGGAGGAGCGGAGGAUGCAGGCUGAGAAUGCAGAGGCUAAGCCUCGGCGGCAGGGGAGUUCCUGCUCAGCUCCUUGAUCCCACAAAGGAUCCUCUUCAUAUGGCCCACUUUCGUCACGCCAAGGUCCUGCAACAGAGAAAACAGACAACAUGGAUACCAGGAAAAGAGGGCUCUGGCGAGAGGCUCUACAAAUGGCUGCCACCGAGCUUUCUCGAUCUCAUUUGUGGGGUUUUUUUGAGUUGGUUUUUUUUUUUUUUUUUUUUCCAAAUUCAAAUGAGGAAGAUGACCAACAGAUGAAAUUAGGAAUCAGCACAAAUGUCAGUCAAUACAGACACCCAACACAUGGUUCCUCCAUCCUACAAAGACAGUCAGCAGACAAAGAGGAGAGGCCUGACAGCAAGUGGGUGGCCUUGGGAGAGCUACCAGUGGCCCUUUGCCUUCCUGGAACACAAACAGAAACAAUGCCCAGAAGACAUGGCCAAGCAGACCAGGGCUUGGCUCUGUGAGUCAAGCGCAAUGGGUGCAGACCUGACCGCACAUGCACAGGGAGGGGAGGAUGAGCCACCUGACCCUUUUCCCUGUGAGGUGAAGUGGCAGCAGCUGCCCAGAAGCUGCGUGGUUGCCUGUGAGCGCAGGCCUGAGAAAGCAGACUCUUCCAUCUUCACUCACUGUGGAGUAAGUACCGUGGGACCUGCCAGCCACAAAGCUUGUGAGCUGAGCCUGUGACCACAGGGCUGCACCCCCUAGUUUCUAAUGUUAGGACAGCCCCUUCUUAAAUGUGGCUAAGAAAAGCAACCCUUCCCCAACACGUCCACAUCUGGCCUUGCUCUUCUGUGUCGGGGAGUCAUCCUUGGUAAAAGCAAGGCCCAUAGUCAUGCUGAGGUACACAGAAAUGUCCAAGAAAAA